AUGGAAGACAAGGCCAUGCAGAGAUCCCUGAAAUGGCUACAAGAUCUUAUAAAAGGGGCCAUAGGCUACGGGUUGGAGAUCCGAGCCCUUGAAGGAUUGUGCAUCACCCAAGCUCGAAACGGAUUUAUACGAUCUAACUUGAUCGUACCAAUUCAUGCCUCAGAUGCUGAUGGGAAUUGGCAUGUUGGAGCUAUAGCAACCUUGAUCGAUGUUAUCGGAGCUGUUGCUGUUUACUCUUUCGCCAAUCGUGUCAUAACCUCUGUUGAUUUCAGCAAUUCAUAUUAUUCAACAGCUAAGAUUCAAGAACAUGUAGAGAUAGAUGCAAAGGUUGUGGCAAACCGGGGAAAGCUUAUACAAGGGAUGGUGGAGGUUAGAAGGAAAGGAAAUGGAGAGCUAAUUGCUUUGGGAAUAUUGUGGAUGGCUUCAAAUAGCCUCACGGUAUCUCAAGUGAGUAGGCUUUGAGAACAAUAUAAAUGUAUGUUUCUGUUCAUGAACAAACGCAUGCAUAUGGCCACUUGAAAUUCCAUA